AGCCUGGGGUGCAAGCCAACAGUGGAAGCGCAAGGAAGAGGGGAGACGAGCAGGAUCGCAGCUGAAAUGGCCACCAAAUUUAUGGAUCUGGUGUAUUGGCGGAACAUGAGGAGGACUGGUGUGGUGUUCACGGGGCUUGUAAUCGGUCUGGCCAGUGUGUUCCAGCUCAGUGCCAUCACUGUGCUCUCCCACAUAUGCCUGGGUGCCAUGUGCGUCACCUUCCCCCUCCGUCUCUACUAUAAGCUGCUGGAGCUGCUGGGCUGGAACUCCGGCGUCCACCCCUUCCAGUCGUAUCUGGACAAUGACGGCUCUCUGACAGACAAGGAUACAGUGAUGUUGGUGGAGGAAGUGGUGCUGAUGAUCGCAUUUGCUGUCACAGAGUUCAAACGCCUUCUUUUCAUUGACAACAUGAUCGACUCUAUUAAGUUUGUUGUCCUCCUGUAUCUGUUGACCUAUGUCGGCGUCCAGACCAACGGACUGACUCUGGUGAUAACUGCUGUGAUCGUCAUUUUCUCCAUUCCUCUUUUGUACAAAAAGCAGCAGGUGCGGAUAAGGAAGGUGGUUAGAGCCGUCAAAGCUAUUGUAAAGAAAAUUAAUUCCCUGUGCCUUAGUCUUUACGAGUCAGUGAGACCCCCUCCUGCCACUGAACCCACCUCAAAACCUGCACCUGUAGCUGCACCUGCCCCCAAACAGAAGGCCAAGUCCAAGUAACAUGUUGGUCGUGCGUUGAAAAGCACCAAUGGAUUUGGGAUUUGGAAAAUGUUGGAAUGGUACCAUCCUCUGUGGGGGCCGCCGGAGGGGCGGCUCAUUUCCAUUUCUCUACCACGAUGUUGUUGUUUACGGGAGUGCGACUUAAUCGAUCCUGACAGCUGAAACAAAGCUGCCAUUCACUCAAGGAGAGCGAGUGGAAGUGCACGAGGAGAAGAAUUUUAUUUACUGAGAUGCUUUCUGUGGGCAGUGUUUAACAUAACCAGUUCACACAAUCAUCUACUCCAAGCACGGACAGAACAAAAUAUCAUCACACAAUUUUUUUUCCCUUUGAUAACAGAUCUAUUUUUACACAACUAGCGAGCACUGUGUUCCUGUUGAGCUGCAGAAUUACUCAAAACGAAGCAUUAUUGCUGAUAUAUAUUUAUUGAGCAUCGUUCAUUGUUAGCUGGGCAGAAUAAAUCUGACAUGAACAUCGCCUGCCGUUAAUUUACAUUAAUGAUUUUGUGUUCACCGCAAAGUAACCAAAGCAUUAGCAAAAAGCUUUCUAAGCACUAAACUCCUUAAAACUUUCAUGGGACUCUCUUCAUGAGAAAUAAUGAGAACAUUGUCCUCUGCUCUUCAUGCUAAUUACAGUUAAUCAGGUACAAACACUGACUUCCCACUGCUCUUAGGGCAGUGAUUAAAGGUACAAAGUGUAGUGAAGUGAGGACAACCUCAGCUGUCCUGCAGAAACUCCAACAGAGUUUUUAAUUAAUUAAUGUCACACAAAAAACACUUUACAGAUCAAUUUUGGUCUCUUAUUUUAACCGCUUGGCUGCUCAGGGGCACGAGGAAACAGGCUGCAAACGCACUGACAACUUUAAACAGCAAACAGCUACAGAUCCAACAGACUCGGAGCAACAUUAGCAUUAAUUUGGAGUCACGUUUGUGCCCACCUGAUGAAUACAAGUCCAACUUCGCUCCUUUUUUAGCACCAACUCUAGCUGCUAAAUGCUCCACCGUGUUCACCUGCCAGUCGCCUGUUGUUUGGUGGUGGGCAGUGGGUUUUUAAAGCCAAAGAAAAAAAAAGGCUUUGAGAGCGGUGCGGGGGAACUAAAACUGUAACGCUGCAUGCCAAAUAACCAAAACUAUGAGCUGAAAGCAGAUAAAACGCUCUGUAGAGGUGCAAUGUGGGUUUGUCACUACAGUGACCCUUUACACGUGCAUGUUAUUUGAUCUAUUGUUAGAAAAAUAUUGAUUAUAGCUGCUUUAAGCUUUCCAGGAUGAAUUUAUUUCUCUUUAGUUACUCAAACAUUCAGGUUAUUGUUGUUUGUAGUUAACUACAACUAACUACAUAACUAUACUCCCUGUUUCAGUUGCAUAAUUGUGUGAACUACCUACGCCAUGACCGUCUUCAGAGGGCAUUUCAGUAGAUAAAGCUUGAAAUCUACAUAUUUUAAAACAUUAGACAAAAAUCCAGUAACUUAAAAAAAAAAAGAAGUGAGACACAAAAAUCGGGCCAGUGGAUCUUGCGAGAAAACAAACCAACAGAUGCAGCAGCAUCCCAACAUGCUGUCGACAGCUUGUGCAGAGGAAAAGUGCUUGAGGGGCAGUUUAACAAGGAUGAGGAGGUCACUGGAAAAAUCCAAAAAUAUCCACUUUUAGGCAGCCGUUCAAUUCAAUAGUUAGACUAUUCUGUCUCCUGUGCACUUCCGGGAAUUUCACAGAAACACCCUGAAGGCAGAAAUAUGGAGAUUGCUCCUGUAACAUGACUCAAGAACUUUCUGCUCGGUAGUUUUGUUUAGUCCAUAAUACAACAGUUUAACAGCGAGGGUCUGAUGUUUGCAUGUCGAUACAGAUGGUUGCUGGCACAACUCCAUGUCAACAUUUUCCAAAUUCAAAUCAAGAAUGUCGUCAUUGUUUGAUCCCCCCAAAAAAACCCACUAUAAAAUUACACAAAACACCUCUUGAAGAGUUUCCUCAUUGUUAGAUAAGCAAAACUUUGAACCAACAAGCGCUGCAGAACACUCGAAAGGUGCUGCAUGACUUAACUGGACUAAAUUUUUGUCUUUAAAAGUCACCCCCACUUAUUGUUGAUAAAGUGUCACUCCAACAUAAGCAGAUUAAGGUUGGGUGUGCACCACGAUUAGCUUUAACUGACAUGUAGAUGACAGUUUAAAUUAAACAGUUUAUUCCUUUAUUCUGACUAACUGUGUGUGGUUUUAGCUGCCAAACCUGAGCCAGUAAACUGCAAGCGGUUACUUCAAUGCAGCUGUGAGCCACUGUUAGCGUUAACAGAUGAAUGGUUUGGUGACCAUGUGGUGCUCUCUAGUGGUCUGUGUUUGAGAAGUUAAAAAUACAGCUGCACUCAUACUAACAUGUCUUAAUGAACUGAAGUGAUUUACUGUGAUUUCAACAUUAUGAUCCCAAAUUGAAGCAGCCGGCUGACAGGCCGGGCAAAGAGGGAUUCAGAAAUUAGAAUAAAAAGGGUCAGCGCCUCACAAAACAAAUAAUAUUUCUUAUUUUUAGUGGUAUUUACAGCAUUUACACUGUUUUCACAAGGACUAUUUCUUUACAAGCUCUCUACAGUUGACAGUUUCUGAAUAAGAUUUUGUUUGAACAACACAAUCAAAACUCCAAAACUAAAAUUAAGUGAGAAAAUACGUCUUUUUGUAACUGACCCUUCAAAGGUGACAACAGCUUGCCGCAGUGACCGCUGAAUAUCACUUAAAGAAAUAUUUACAUGAAUACAGAAACAAUUUUACUGUUGAUGUGAUCGUUUUUUUUUUUCAAAAGGUGUACAACUGUAAAAUGUAGAACAAAAUAAAAGUGUGAUCACGACCCUGAAAAAAACGCUUAAAGUGAGGCACGACAGGGCUUAACCGACUUUGUUUUUGCUGUUCUGGUUGACACUUUGACUUGUUUCUAAAGGUAUUUAUAAUUUUUUAUUGUUAUUUCCUAUUGUUAUGUUGCUCCCCAAUAAAAGGUUAUUUACUACAAA